AUGGCUGGCAACAAGAAAAAGAAGAAGCCCGCUGCUAACCCGGCACGCGGCUUUGCCACUACCUCGAUUGCCUCCAAACCCCGGCCUGAAGUAUCCGACUCGGAAGCAAAGCCGUUGGCCGAUGGUGUUUCUGGCGCUUCUGCCCCUCCAUCCAAGGAAAAUGCCCCGCCAUCCGCAAAGUCCACGACUGGUGAUGGUCAUGGCAAUAUUGCCGCCCGGCAGAACAGCGAGGACAAGCCCUUGAGCCCCGAAGAGUUUGAAAGGCAGCUUGAAGAAUCCGAGCUGCAGCUCCUCGUCGAGAAGCAUUCCCAGAAAAUCAAGCGUGAUGCCCAGCGACAACGAACUCGACUAGAAACAGACCGACGCCUGCUCCGUAGCCAGGCUGAUCUGGUCAAUGCUCCAAAAUGGUUACCUCCAGACCUGGUGGAACAUAUUCUCGACCUCAUCAAGGCAGAGAUGAGGUUUGCCGGGUCAAGCUCGUCAUCCGAAAAUGUUGGCACUGGAAAGCUUCCGUCCGAGGAGGACAUGAUUGUUCGGCUGUGGACCUUGCGCCAGACCUUGACCGCUGCUGGAUUUCCCGAGGCACGAGUGGAAGCUGUUCUUAAACACAUUUUGGACAUUGCCACCAUUGUUUCUUCUUCUGUCAAAGACUCCAUCUGGGGCCUGGAUGAGGCCUUGGAGUGGCUUGCCCGAGAGUGCCCUGCUGAGGAACUUCCCUUAUACGAAUUCAAGGGCAAGCCUAUUCCCAGAGGUAUUUUCGACUUUGCGGCCUAUACCCCUACAGAUACCCCAAACGCAUCACGCCCCGGUACUCCCAAGCCUCAAUCACUCAACUCCGGCAAGAACAAAGCAAAUACUCGAGGAAGCAAGUCUGCAUCACCAAGUAAAAAGCUUGUCAUGACAUACGACCUAGACAUAGAGCCCGAAGAUCUGAUACCCGAAUACGUUUCCGCAAGAGCAAAGCAUCUUCAGCUCAGCCGUAGCGUCAGGCCAACCGAUAGCCAGGACAAGACACAACUAGAGAUUGCUCAGCUCGAAGCUAAAAUGAAAAAGAUCGAGAGUGACGUUCUUUUCGACAAGUUCAAUGCCGACCUUAAGUGGAAAUCCGAGAAGAUCCUUGUCGAAAGACAACUAGCUGCCGCCAAAAAGGAAGCACAAGCUGCGGUGGAGGAACUCAAGUCAAAAGCAGAGCAAUCACCAGAAGCCAAUGCCGACGAUAGUGUAAACGAUGAGGCAGAUCGUAUUGCUGCGGAAAUUUUGGCUCAAGAAGAUGAAGAUAGCGACACCAUUGCUGGACUUUUUGCAUCCCUCCCACAGAAUGAGGUGGAUCCAAACACGGGUAAAACGCAGACUGUUAUAGCCGCUGCAGAUGGUACUAAACUUGUCCUCCGAGACUUUGGUAAAUGGACAGGAGUGGGCCCUAGAAGAGUUUUGGAGGACUCUUGUCGCUCCAGAGACCCCUCUGUCAGAAUUACGUAUACUGUAGUCUCUGAAGCGACAUUUGCCAGCCGUCAAUCCGUUGAUAUUUGGUGGACAAAAGCUCAGGAGCUGCCUCACGUCUUGCCUAAUUCUGAUGUCGAAGUCGCCGCUGACGCGACGCACUUCACCUUCACAAUGAAAAGUAUUGCUGUGUCUGAUACCAAACAAUCCGAGGCUUAUGUCUCCACUGUGGCCCUUUUCCACAUAUUUAACGGUAAUUCGAAGGAUGAGAAAGUCGGUCUAAGACUACCCCCUGUUUGGAAAGACCUUUGGUCAGAAAUGGCAGAAGCGAAGAAGAACUAUGUGGAUGCUCAAGAUCGCGAAGCAGUGAGGUCGUUGAGAACCAUGGUUCGCCAACGACAAGAUCAAGAGCUAGAAGAUGGAGUUAUUGCCUUCCGAGGUCGUGGAGCAGCUAGAAACUCACCGGAUUCGACACAAAAUGGAUCUUUGGAUCGCUCAAGGCUCAACACUGCUGGUGUAGAAUCGUUGCAGAGAAUCUGGUUUGACAAAGCUCGGGGUGAAAAGUUCCAAUCCAUGUUGAAAUUCCGAAUGCAGCUCCCCAUGUGGCAGUUUCGACCGCAAGUCCUUGCGGCUGUUGACGACAACCAAGUCGUCAUUGUCUGUGGAGAAACGGGAUGGAUUUCGGCAAUCUCUCUGGCCAGGCGCGUAAGCGAUGAACUUGGUGAAAAUAAGGGUGAUUUAGGUACCAACAGAUCCCUUGUGGGAUACUCCAUUCGUCUUGAAGCCAACACAUCUCGGGAGACGAGACUGGUCUUCGCUACGACUGGUAUUGUUAUGCGAAUGUUGGAGGGAUCUAACGAUCUACGUGAGGUUACACAUUUGAUUCUUGACGAGGUUCACGAACGAUCUAUCGACAGCGAUUUCCUUCUCAUCGUCCUCAAGAGGCUCUUGACGAAGAGAAAAGACCUCAAAGUUGUGCUUAUGUCUGCCACAGUCGACGCCGAACGGUUCUCGGCAUAUUUGGGUGGCGCACCAAUUCUGAAUGUACCUGGUCGAACAUUCCCAGUGGAUGUACGCUAUCUGGAAGAUGCUGUUGAACUCACAGGAUACCGGCCGAGCGACUCCCCUGAGGAGAAGAUGGUCGAUCUUGAUGAUGACGUUGUAGAGGGAGAGGGCAACGGUCCAAAGAGUGAAAUCUCUCCGAGCUUAUCGGCCUACUCUCCGCAGACGAGAAGCACUUUAACUCAAUUGGACGAAUACCGCAUCGACUUCGACCUAAUUUUACAGCUCAUGGUGUGUAUUGCCUCGGAUGAGUCCCUCGCAUUUUACAGUAAGGCAAUCCUAGUAUUUUUGCCAGGUAUUGCUGAAAUUCGAACUCUCAACGACAUGCUCCUUGGAGACCCGCGAUUCGCCAAAGACUGGCUGGUAUACCCUCUCCAUUCUUCUAUUGCUACUGAGGACCAAGAAUCGGCCUUCCUCGUGCCACCGCCAGGAGUGCGCAAGAUUGUGCUCGCCACCAACAUCGCCGAGACUGGUAUCACAAUCCCGGAUGUCACUUGUGUUAUCGACACCGGAAAGCAUCGCGAGAUGCGUUUUGACGAGAAAAAACAGCUAUCUCGACUGAUUGAUACCUUUAUUUCUAGAGCCAACGCGAAACAAAGACGAGGCCGUGCUGGUCGUGUCCAAAAUGGUCUCUGUUUCCAUAUGUUCACAAAGUAUCGGCACGACUGCAUUAUGAGUGACCAGCAGACACCUGAAAUGCUUCGUUUAUCUCUACAGGACCUGGCUAUUCGCGUCAAGAUUUGCAAGAUUGGCCGGAUCGAAGAGACACUUAGCGAUGCGCUGGAUGCUCCAUCUGCUAAGAAUAUUCGCCGAGCUAUUGAUGCAUUGGUAGAUGUUCGUGCCUUGACAACAGCCGAAGAACUCACUCCUUUGGGCCACCAGCUCGCGAGAUUACCUCUUGAUGUGUUCCUGGGUAAGCUUAUCUUGUUGGGCACAGUAUUCAAAUGUCUCGACAUGUCUAUCACCGUUGCUGCUAUUCUCUCAUCCAAGUCACCCUUUUCUGCCCCCUGGGGUCAGCGUACACAAGCCGAUAAUGCACGAAUGGCCUUCCGUCGAGCAGAUUCCGACCUUCUCACCAUAUACAACGCCUACCUUGCCUGGAAGCGAGUAUGCCAAGUCAACAGCGGCGGGGGCAAAGAAUUUCAGUUCUGUCGCAAGAAUUUCCUCAGUCAGCAGACGCUGGCCAAUAUCGAAGACUUGAAGGGCCAACUGCUUGUAUCCCUAGCAGACUCGGGCUUCCUCUCCUUAACAGAGGAAGAGCGCCGUACACUGGCACGUCUUCGAUUCGCACAGGGUCGUCGGCGCCAGCAAAACUUUUACGAAGUUCCUCGACGAGUCAACAUCAAUAGUGAAAAUGACUUGAUUUCCUCAUCGGUCAUUGCCUGGAGCUUCUACCCCAAGCUUCUUGUUCGCGAUACACCCGGUACGAAAGGUCUCCGUAAUAUUGGCAAUAAUCAGAACAUCAGUUUGCACCCGUCCUCCGUGAAUAGAGGCUUCUUGGACAUUAAAUGGCUAUCCUACUAUCACAUUAUGCAGUCAAAGACUGUUUAUCACGCGCAUGAAACCACUGCGGUUGAACCAUUUGCCAUUGCCCUUCUUUGCGGCGACGUCCGCUGCGAUAUGUUCUCGGGUGCAAUUGUCCUCGACGGUAACAGAGGACGCUUCGCCCUACCGGACUGGAAGACUAUGCUCGUCCUCAAAGUCCUCCGUACUCGACUCCGCGAAUUACUUACUCGUUCGUUCAAACAACCGGGUAAAUUACCGACUGCCCAGCAAGAGAAAUGGCUAGAAGUGUGGCAGAAGUUGUUCACGCAAGAUCAGAGAGACGAUGGGAAGAGCAGUGGUGUAUCUGUGGCUGUGACUAAGGCAUAG